AUGGAAGCAAAACAUAAUAUAAAAGUAGGAUACCAGUAUUUCAAAAGUACUUUGUGCGGCGGUUCAAGAGACACAAUGUGUGCAAAUGAGGCAAAAUCAAAGUGCAAUGACCAGCAUGCUUUGAAAAAUGAUAAAACAGAGAGACACAGAAGAAAUACGAGAUCGAGAAUACGUCAAAGGUGGAAUCAAUUCAGAGAUUACGUACGGCAAGAAACGUACGAGAUCUUUUCCAACAGGAACUGUGAAGGAACUUUUGAUCCUGCAGAAGUAAGCAGCGUGGAUUAUGAAUUAGAAAAACUAAUUAAUAUGACUAGGAUCCCUUUCCUUCUCGAAAGGCUGAUGUUUUGGGCUUUGCUAGCAUGUUUGGACUGUUUCCUAUACUAUUUUACAAUUAUGCCAUUGCGACUUAUCCAUGGGCUAAUUUUCAGAUUUAAAAAGGGCAGAGCACUAAAGUUAUCGACUUCUCAUAAUGAGAGAAUAAUGGGCUUCUUAAUCAUUGUGGCCUGUUUCAUUUUGAGUAAGCUUGAUACAUCUAAAGCAUAUCAUAGAAUUAAACGUCAAAGCUCUGUAAAGCUAUACAUGUUGUUUGGUGUACUUGAAAUGUCUGAUAAAAUGCUGGCUAGCAUUGGACAAAGUCUUCUCUCGGUACUUCUUGCCAGCAAGAGUGCUAAGCGCACGAAUUAUCAGAGAAUCUUACUGCUUGGGACAAGCGUCCUAUAUCUAGUAUGUCAUGGUUUCGUUAUGGUCUAUCAGACAGUUGCAUUGAACGUUGCUGUAAACUCGUAUUCAAAUGCCCUGAUCACAUUGCUUCUUUCUCUUCAAUUUGCAGAAAUCAAGGCUUCAUUAUUCAAACGAACGGAUAAGGAGGGUUUAUUUCAAUUAACAAUCGCAGAUUUAGUAGAGAGAAGUCAGUUGAUUUUACUUUUGAUUAUCAUUGCUAUAAGAAACUUGGUGGCAAAAUCUAAAUCUCAAUCCAACUUAGUUCCCAACUCUUGGGCUUUAAAUGCGACAUCUUCUGUGAUAAUUGGUGCUCUAUGUGGCCCUAUGUUUACCGUUUUAGGAAGUGAAUUGGUGGUUGAUUGGAUAAAGCAUGCCUAUGUUACGAAGUUUAACAGAAUCAGACCAGAAAUCUAUCACAAGUUUUUAUAUAUAAUGUGUGAGGAUCAUUCUGUCAGCUUGCAGAAGUUUAGAGAAAGAUUGGGGCUACCGAUUCCAGCAUACGUUAUCCUAUUUAUAGUCAUGGUAAAACCAACUUUAUCUCAAGUUAUGGACAAAUCGUCUAUCACCUCAAUUGCGCAAAAUUUCCUCGUAAUGCUGCUCGGUUUCAUUUGUCUUAUGAUUUUCAAGAUAGUUCUUCACAUUAUAGUGCUAAAAUGGGGUCAAGAACUACGUUUCGGUGGUCAUGCGUCUACUUCACUGAUUGAAAAAGACUACGUUCCCGGGGAUGUAGGUGCUGGAUCUGCAAAAAUAGACCACCGUGCCAGGUGUGUUAUCAACCAUGACUCCGAUUCCAAUAUACAUGGAAGCGAAAAAAAAGCAAGCAGUGCAAAUCUAAUUUCACCUUCAAGUGCUUCGAGUCCUUCAAUAUAUCAGAAACAAACAGUCUCGACGAGGUUGCAAGCAACCCCAUUUGAUGUGCCCACAGAGAAGGAGUCUCACAGAGAUGGAAGUGAAUCGAGAAAAGUGAACAGUUUGAAAAAUAGAUUUGGAUUAGGAAAUGUCAGCAGAUAUAAAAUGGUUUCUAAAAGAAUUUGGUGA